CAGACCUUGACCCAGUCUCAUCAUCGCAGGGCCAUGUCGAGUGACGCGCACGCACAGGACGCGCCCGCUGCCACCAGCCUCUACCCUCCCCGAGACAAGCAGACGCGAAAGCUGUGGGACUCGCUCUGCAAGUUCCGCAAGGCGAGUGCGCGGCCGGCGUCCGCCCGCACGCCAACGGAGCUUGCACUGCCCGCCCAGUCGAGCUACAUCCGCGCGUGCAUCUACAGCUACGCCGAGCGACUGGGCCUGCGCGCCACCAAGAUGGAGAGCGGGGAGGGUGGCAGGCGGCAGCUGGGCGUGCUGGUCACGCUGCCACCUCCGCCUCCGCCGGCGGCCGGCGGGGCACGCGUCGCCGAGGCGGCUGGUGCCAAACGGAAACGCGACGAGGCAGCGCCCGGACCGGACGCGGCACCGGACGCGUCCUCCGCGCCCGUCGACGGCAGCGGUGCCGCCGAACAGCCAGCGCCAGCCGAGGCGCCGCCGCCGCCAGACGCGGACGCCGCGGCGCAGGCUCCUCCGCCGACGGAGCCGCGCUUCGACCGGAGGGAGAGCAGCAAGGAGCUGCGCCGCUGCGCGAGCAGGUCGGACGCCGCGGGCGCCGCCCGCGUCUUCAGCCGGAUGGAGGCGGCGGGCGCGGCGCCCUCCGACGCGGACUGCUCGCUGCUCCUCCACCUCUGCGGCAUCACUACUCCGCCGGACGUCGCGCUGGCGGCGCGGGUCUGGGAGGCCGCGAGGGCGGCGGGGACGCCGCUGCACGAGCCCAGCUGGUCGGGGAUGAUCCGCCUCAUGUGCGCGCACGGCGACGUGGCGCGGGCUCAGGCGCUCCUCACCGACAUGCUGCAGGGCUCCUGCGCCGACCGCGUGCGGCUCCGCUCCUUCUCGCCGCUGAUCGCGGCGGCCGCGGACCGGGCGGACGCGCCGCUCGCCGCCUCGACGUGCGAGCAGAUGCGCGCCGCCGGCCUCGCGCCGGGCGACGCCGAGUUCAUCAUGCUCGCCCGGCUGCACGCGCGCCGAGCAGACGGCGACGCGCUCGGCGAGCCGCUCCCAGACACUUCCCCAGACACUUCCCCAGACACUUCCCCAGACACUUCCCCAGACACUUCCCCAGACUCUUCCGAGCCUCCCAGACGCCUCCUAGACGCGCUCGGCGAGCUGGCCUGGCCGGACGGCGACACGUCCGCGACACGUCCGCGACACGUCCGCGACACGUCCCGCAGGCGAGCUGCUCGGCUGGAUGGCGACAGAGGUGUCGAGUAUGUCGGACGAGCACCUCGACGCCAUGGCGCACUGCUUCGACAUCGGC